UACCGAUUCCUCCCGAGGAAAAUGCUUUCGCGAAUGCAACCGUCCCGAUCGGAUCGUGGGAUUCCAGGAAUCGAAACGAGUCGGUGGGUCCACCAGCGAUAAACGUUGCUCGUAACGCAAGAAUUAGAUUACGAGGAAGCCGGAGGAGAAAGGAGACGAGAGAAAUGAACAAGUACCCGUCCACCCGUGACAUCGGUUACGUCCGCGUCAUGCGAUUUUAAACGCGACGGCUGUACAGCAAACAAGUAUUAUUCACGCUCGCGUCACGAACGCGUCGGAAAGCAAACGUGUAACGAGCCACGCUUCGUAUCUCUCGGUUGGAUUAGUAAGGGGGAAACUAGCUUUUACCGAGCGUUUUGUGUUUAAGCGGUUACGUAUUUCUCGGCAGCUCUAUUGUCGCGGUUAGACUCGCGUGGAUAGAAGUGUUUCGAAGAGAAACGUCUUUCGAAGACAGGAGGAAAACGAUGCAGAGAAGAGAAAAGGAGUUAGGUGGAACGAGGGAACGCGUUUGCGUGGCGAUACUCCUUGUCGGAGCGAUGUUGUGCAGCGGGUGCAAUGGACAAGCGGUGCCGGGGACCAAUUGGCUCCAGGGACUGUCCCAGAGCAUCGAAGCGUUGAACAGAAACAUUCAACAGAACGUACAACAGGUGAAUCAACGGGUGCAGGAAACGGUGCGAAGCAAUUUGGAGCAAGUCGAUCAACUGAGGGAAAACCUGAACGAAGGAUCAGGUCCAGGUAACGUGCAGAUAAUCGGAGGCAACAACAACCUCUUCGUGUCGGGGCAGGAUGGAACGAAGAUCGUUUACUCCGGUCGCACGUCCGACGGUAAACCGUUCGUUCGCGAGACCACGGACAAAGUCGUGGGCGACACUCUUCGACACGUCGACAAAAUUUACGAUCCCGCUACGAAAGUCUCCAGAGUGCACGGCUACACGUUGGAUCUAAAGGACCCAAACGCGAAACCAGUUCCGAUAAACGACGACGCGUAAAUAGCAGGCGAACAACGCGGGAAUGCGAAAAACGACGAUCGACCAGCCUCUCCUAUCCACUUGUAAUCGAGCAAAUUUUAUCAACGUGUAAACUUACUAUCGAAUAAAUAAGCAAAGUUUUUCAUUCUUUAA